AUGGGAAAUAAUAUCCCGAAAGAUGCUAGUUUUGAGUAUCAAAUCAUUAAUAAACUUGGCACCAUUUCAAUCACCUAUGAAGAUCUGAAAGGCAAUUUCACAUUCCCUAAAAUGCCAAAUAAAAAAACACUUGUUUUAGAGGAAUUUCGUAAAUUUCUAGAUGAAAUCAUCCUGCUUCCCUCAGAUAAACACAUUAUUGAACAAUUACCAUUGAAAAUCAAGUGGAGAUUAAUACAUAGACAUAAUAUCGAAAAAGAAAAACUGUCAGAUAUAAUUCCGCAUUUGGAAGAAAGUGAGAAAUCAGAGAUACAACAUCUCGUUGAUGAAUGUGUUUCUAAACCAUCUACUAUAGCCCUGCAAAAUCUGCAAAGAAAAUUGGAAAAUCCAGAGGAGGAUGAAUGGGAUCAGUUUCUUAUAUAUCGAGGUUUAUUUAAAUUAUUAGAAGUCUUAGAACAAUGUGAACUCAAUGCAAGAUCAACUAAAAAUUACAAGUUAUGCGUUGCUUUCCUUAGAUUCAUCUAUUUCAUUAAUCAAUCAGAACUAGCAAGCGAUGACUUAUCUUCCAUUCCUGGAGCCUUCAGAAUAAUAUUUGCUAAUUUUCACCCUGUUCACAUAGAAAUGAGUUGCCUAGUCUUGGAGAUCUUUGCUGGUGAAAAUGGUCUAAUUUAUAAGGAUAAUGUUGAAGAUAUUGUAGAAUCCUUCGCAUCCUAUCGUAAAGAUCACUCAUUAAAAUAUCGACUUGAAAUCUUUGUUAGGACUGUGUACUAAUCGGAUAACAUCAUGAUGGUAGUCAAUAUCUUGGGAUUCUUACGAAAUAUCUAACCUCACAUUAGAAAUGAAUUAGAAUCCUCUGUCAUCUCUCCUUACAAUUUUGCUGCCAUCCUUAAGCUCAUUGAACAAAGAAUCAACGAAUAUAAUAUUGAUGCUUGUACAUACGAAUCUAUCUAAAAUAAGUUGAUUAAAUAUCAAAAUGUUGAUCAUUUCUUUAAACAAAAAUCACCCUUCAUUAAGAAUCCCAUUUUGUUCAAUGAAUCUCGUGAAGAUCAAUCUAAAACUGAAACUAUUUAGUUUACCCAAUUACCUCAAGAAGGAGAGGCACAAUUUUACUUAGAAAAACAUGACGAAGCAUCAUUUCAAUUAUAACAACAAAACCUCUUGCAAAUCAUUAAGGAAAUUCGUAACUUUGAAUUUGAUUCAGAAAGAAAACCUACCAAAAUCAUUGAAUUUUCAGAUCAAAAGCUUUUUGAUAUUGUUAAGUAAUAAUCCCUACAACUCGAUUCCUACGGUAAAUUCCUAACCAUCUUAAAUUUCAUGUCAAAUCUAAAAGUGAGAGAUAUGUGGGAAUUGAGUGAAUAAGCUCUCUAAAGGUUGCUUAUAGACGAAGAAGAUGAUGAAAUUAUUGAGAUUCCUAAACAUGAUCAAAUCUAUGAGGAUUACGAAAAAGCACAGCAAUCCAUUAGAGACUUAGAAAAAUAAAUUAAAUCAAUAAUCCAGGGUUAAAAGCAGGCCCAAAUGUAGCUAACUUCAAAAGAAUAGGAAGUUAUUAAACUAAAUGAAAAAAUUACUCAAACCAAUUCCUUGCAAUAAGAAUAUCUAAGUUAAAUUGAUAAAUUAACCAAAGAAUUAGAAACUAUCAAAGCCUAAACAAUCUUAAAAGAAGCUCAAAAUAUUGAGUAAUCAAAAGAAAUUGAGAAACUUUAAAAUCAAAUUAAGAACCUUGAAAAACUUAACUAAACUAUUUAAGCCGCUGGGCCUUCAAAUACUUCUUAAUCAGUGCCCCAAUAACCUCCAAAUGCUCCUUCACUUCCUCCUCCUCCACCUCCCCCUCCUCCUCCAGUUAAAUCAGCUCCUUUACCUCCACCACCUCCUCCUCCAAAAAUUGCAGCACCUCCUCCUCCUCCACCACCGCCCAUGAAAGCAGGACCUCCACCUCCACCACCUCCUCCAGGAGUUCCCCGUCCUCCUGGAGGUCCCCCUCCACCACCACCUCCUCCUGGUAGUAAAGCAGGUGGUCCUCCACCACCUCCUCCUCCAGGAGCUCCAUAACCACCUGGAGGAUCUGCACCACCUCCCCCUUUUGGAGCUCCUCCAUAGCCACAAAAUUAAGGCUUAAAAUAAAAAUAAAAUCCCAGCGUUCCUAUGAAACCUGUUUAAUGGACGAUAAUCACUUAAAAAGCAUAAAUAAAAGAUACUAUAUUUGAGAAUAUCAAGGAUUUAGAUGUGAAAUUGGAUAUUGAAUUUUUAGAAAAAGAAUUCUCAAAAAAACAAUAAGCUCAAUAAGCAGAUUCAAAUCCUAAAUCCUAAUCAGCUUAGCCUUAAAAAAUCUCCUUACUGCAACCUGAGAGAUAAAAGAAUAUGGAGUUAGUCUUGAUGAAAUUGAAAAUAUCUCCAACUUUAUUAUAUGAAGCUUUGAUUAAAUGUGAUGAAAAAAUCCUAACAUUACCAACACUAGAAAGUUUAGAUGUAAUCACACCAACAGAAGAUGAAAUAGGAACUGUGCAGGGUUACGAUGGAGAUAAAGAAUUGCUUGGUAAUCCGGAGAAAUACAUCCUGAAGAUUUCCCAAUUAAAGGGAUUCUCUAUCAGAAUUAAAGCCCUUAAAUUUUCUUGCUAAUACGUUGAAUACGUAACGGAUCUAGAUGCUUAAAUUACUUCACUUGAUGUGUUUAAUGAUUUACUUGCCAUGGGAUGGGUUACUUAAUUGAUUGAAUAUUCGUUGGCUGUUGGUAAUUAUCUGAAUGGUUAAUCUGCCAAAGGAGGAGCUUGGGGAUUCAAAUUAGAAUAAAUUGAAAAAUUAACUGAUGUGAAAGGCUUAGAUAAUAAAUCUAAUGUUCUAUAAUAUAUUAUUAAGCAGAUUAAGUUCAAUGAAGAGAUAGAUUUGGACAGAUUUGAUAUCAUUACUAAAUUACCUAUAACUCAACUGAACACAAAUUUAAAUGAAAUUAAAAAAGGUCUGAAUACAGUAUCUAAAGCAAUUGAAUGCAAAUCAAAUGAUGAAAAUGAUAAAAUUGUUGAUACUUUGAAGGAUGUAUAAUCAAAAUUAUAAGAGAAUACCAAGGAUUUGGAAUUAAAAAUACAAAAAUUGGACACGGAUUAUAAAAAGACAGCUAAAUUUUUAUGCGAGAAUCCUGCUGAUGCAAGUGAUAAAUUCGGAGAAAAGUUAAUGAAAUUUUUAAGAUGCAUUAAAUAAUAACGAGAUAAGAUAAGAGAGGAAGAGCUUAAACAAUAGAAAUAAUAAUAGUAAUAAUAAUAAAAUACAAAAAAACAAUAAGAAUAAUAAUAGCAAUAAUAACAAUAAUAAUAAAAGGCUGAUGUUAUACCUUCUUCUAUGAAGAGUUCAUAAACAAAGACUUAAACCAAUAAAAUGGUUAUUCGAUCCAGUAUUUUGUAAGCAUAAAGACCAAGUAUGAUGGUGAAUAGCUUAAGAAAAAAGAGUUAAUUUUUAAAAUUAAUUGGUUGA